AGCCAAAAUACAGGGAAAAAGGCUGCAGUACUGCUACACCAUGGUACUUUAGGAGAUUCUAUUCACUGGAUUUCUAACCUGCCCAACAACAGCUUAGGCUUCCUCCUCGCAGAUGCCGGCUAUGACGUCUGGAUGGGAAACAGCCGAGGGAACACCUGGUCUUUAAAACACAAGACCUUUAAGCCCUGCCAGAAAGAGUUCUGGCAGUUCAGCUUCGAUGAGAUAGGUAAAUACGACGUUCCAGCAGAGCUGUAUUUCAUCAUGAAUAAAACUGGACAGAAGGAUGUAUAUUUUGUUAGUCACUCAGAGGCUUCAGCUGCAGGCUUUAUAGCAUUUUCUACUCAUCCUGAGCUGGCUCAAAGGGUUAAACUGUUCUUUGCUUUGGGACCAGUAGCCACAGUCACACAUGCUACCAGUCUUCUGGUAACACUUACGCGUCUUCCCCAACCAGUGAUCAGGUUAGUACUUGGCUGCAAAGGAAUUCUUCGCCAGAAUGAACUGCUAAAAAGACCUCUAACAUGGAUAUGCAGAUCUCUGGGAAAAAUUUGUGGCAGUAUCUUGUGCUACAUAGCUGGAGACAGAAUACAAAACCUGAAUGUGAGUCGAAUAGAUACGUACGUAGGACAUUACCCUGCUGGAAUGUCAGUACAGAACGUUAUUCAUUGGCAUCAGCUAACACGUGCAGACCAAUUUCAAGCUUAUGACUAUGGCUCUAAGGAAAACAUGAAGAAAUACAACCAGUCUAUGCCUCCUGCUUACAAGAUAGAGAAGAUAAACAUUCCAAUUGCUGUUUGGAGCGGUGGACGUGACAAAUUUGCAGAUCCAAAAGACAUGGCAAAGCUACUUCCUCGGAUUACUAAUCUCAUUUACCAUGAGCAUUUUCCUGCUUGGGGACAUCUUGAUUUCAUCUGGGGCCUUGACGCAACUGAGAAAAUGUAUCGGAAAAUCAUUGAACUACUAAGAAAAUAUCCUUAA